AUGAUCUCUCUUAAUGAAUUUUUCGUUUUCACCUAUCCUGGAAACAAUGUCAUAUCUGGUCAAUGUAAAUUUUGUGAAAAAUCUUUAUUGGACAAAGUUGGAUCAACCGGAAACUUUCACAAACAUCUUAAGCGUAAACAUAACGCACAACUCGAAGAAUCAAAAUCUCAUGCUUCUGUGCCACCAACACAAAGCAUAGAUGAAAAUUCUGAAAAUUUUACAAGCAACAUCAACAGAAUAAAUAAAGCUAUUUUAGAAGAAUUAAUUGUGAGAUGUAAUUUGCCACCAUCACUAGUUGAACAUGUUGGUUUUCGAAAAUUUUUAAAAGGAGUCGUCCCCAAAUGGAAACCUACAUCUGCACGAUAUUUUACCAGAAUAUUAUUGCCAUCGUUGAUGAAUAACAUCCAAGAUAAGAUAAAAGAUUUACUUACUAACGUUGAUCAUAUAUGUAUUACAGUAGAUGUAUGGACAGAUAGACGAGGAAGAUCGUUUCUCGGUAUCACUGGUCAUUUUCUUGGAUUGGAUUAUGUGCCACAUGCUCUGCUUUUGGAUUUUUUACGUUUAAAAGGAUCCCAUACUGGAGAAAAUAUCUACAACGUUACCGUGAAAGUUCUUGAUAAUCUGAAGCUCAAAGAAAAAGUAUUUAGAAUAAUAACUGACAAUGCUUCUUCAAUGAUAAAAGCCUAUAAAUUUGGUUUAAUCGUUAACGAUGUUGAUAAUAUUGUUCAAGACGCUAAUAAACAACAACAAGCUGACAAUUUUAUUAAACUUUAUGAUGAUGACAAUUCGAACUUGUUGAAAGAAUGGAUUUUGGUCGACUGGUAUGAAAACAUCAACGAUUCGUUCGAUAAAAAUGAUACUAUUCCAAAAAGAUUGUCAUGUUUUGCACACAGUAUUCAGUUAGUCAUUCGAGAUGGUCUUAAAGAUGCUCCGUAUCUGUCUAAUUCAUUAUCAAAAUGUAUCAAGUUAGCUCAACGCUCUUAUAAGUCAACCAGAAUAGCUGAUAUGUUAGAUGACAUGGGGAAAACAAUAAAUCGACCGAAUAUAACACGUUGGAGUUCUGAAUAUCUUCUUAUUAAAUCAGUUAUUGCUUUUGGAAAAAAUUUAAUUGAUGAAAUUACUGACCUUAUUGAUGAUAAUGAUUUGAAAUUUAGCAAUAAUGAUUUUAUUGUAUUACAAGAAGCAAUAGAAAUAUUGGAACCAUUUGCAGAAAUAACUUCUCGUAUUCAAUCUGAAUCAGUUGUUACUGCUAGUCUCGUUGUUCCAUCUGUUGUGCAUAUUAUCGACCAUUUGCAGCAUUGGAAAUCACAUGCUCCAUUUCUGAAGCAAGUAUGUAUACAACUGGAACAAUCCAUCAAUAACAGAUUUGCUGGUAUUGUUAAACGUUUAUCUCAACAGAAUGUUAAUAUUGACGAUCCUUUUUCGGAUCCAAUUUAUUUCAUUUGUACUGUACUAGAUCCAGAAUUUAAAUUUUAUUGGCUUACUCAAAUGAAUUAUAAACCAUUAGUCGAAUUGCAAAUAAGACAAUCUAUAAUUCGAAUGAUAUUAGAUGAAUGUGAACAAAACAUCAAUAGAUCAUCGGAAAGUGAACAACCAUUAUUAUCUUCAAUAUUUUCUGCAAAUAGUUCUACGACACAACCAAUUAGUACACCAAUUAUAAAAAAACGUAAACUUUUCCAAUACGAUGACGGUCCUGCUAUCUCAGUUGGUUCGACGAGUCCUAUCGAUGAAAUCAAUGCAUAUAUCAAUGAUCCAGUGCGAUUAAAAUUUUCAUCAUAUUGGAAUAAAUCGAAUUUGUAUCAUUUAAAAAACAUCGUCAAGAAAGUGUUCUCAGUACAAGCAACAUCUGCACCAGUUGAACGUAUUUUCAGUCAAGCUGGCCUGAUUAUGUCACCGAGACGCACAUCUAUGAAUGAAGAAGUGUUUAGAAAUUUGUUGUUCUCACGUGUAAAUCAGAACCUUAUUUAA